AUGGCAUCUCCCGGCUCCGGCUUUUGGUCCUUCGCGUCUGAAGAUGGUUCCGGGGAUCCCGAGAACCCAGGCACAGCGAGGGCCUGGUGUCAGGUGGCUCAGAAGUUCACGGGCGGCAUCGGAAACAAGCUGUGCGCCCUGCUCUACGGGGACGCUGAGAAGCCGGCGGAGAGCGGCGGGAUCCAGCCCCCGAGGGCCACCUCCCGCAAGGCCGCCUGCGCCUGCAACCAGAAGCCCUGCAGCUGCCCCAAAGCGGGGGUCAACUACGCGUUUCUACACGCAACAGACCUGCUACCAGCGUGUGAUGGAGAAAGACCCACUUUGGCAUUUCUGCAAGAUGUUAUGGACAUUUUGCUUCAGUAUGUGGUGAAAAGUUUCGAUAGAUCGACCAAAGUGAUUGACUUCCAUUACCCCAAUGAGCUUCUUCAAGAAUAUAACUGGGGAUUGGCAGACCAACCACAAAAUUUGGAGGAAAUUUUGAUGCAUUGCCAAACAACUCUAAAAUAUGCAAUUAAAACAGGGCAUCCCAGAUAUUUCAAUCAACUUUCUACAGGCCUCGAUAUGGUUGGAUUAGCAGCAGACUGGCUGACCUCAACAGCAAACACUAACAUGUUCACCUAUGAAAUUGCUCCAGUAUUUGUGCUUUUGGAAUAUGUCACGCUAAAGAAAAUGAGAGAAAUCAUUGGCUGGCCUGGGGGCUCUGGCGAUGGGAUAUUUUCUCCUGGUGGCGCUAUAUCCAACAUGUACGCUAUGCUGAUUGCGCGCUUUAAGAUGUUCCCUGAAGUCAAGGAGAAAGGGAUGGCUGCGGUCCCCAGGCUCAUUGCCUUCACGUCUGAGCAUAGCCAUUUUUCUCUCAAGAAGGGAGCUGCAGCCUUGGGCAUUGGAACAGACAGUGUGAUUCUGAUUAAAUGUGAUGAAAGGGGGAAAAUGAUCCCAUCUGAUCUUGAAAGAAGGAUCCUUGAAGCCAAACAAAAAGGAUUUGUCCCUUUCCUUGUGAGUGCCACGGCUGGGACCACCGUGUAUGGAGCGUUCGAUCCCCUGUUAGCUGUUGCUGACAUUUGCAAAAAGUAUAAGAUCUGGAUGCAUGUGGAUGCAGCUUGGGGUGGGGGAUUACUGAUGUCCCGGAAACACAAGUGGAAACUGAGCGGCGUGGAGAGGGCCAACUCUGUGACGUGGAAUCCACAUAAGAUGAUGGGCGUCCCUUUGCAGUGCUCUGCUCUCCUGGUUAGGGAAGAGGGAUUGAUGCAGAGUUGCAACCAGAUGCAUGCCUCCUACCUCUUUCAGCAAGAUAAACACUACGACCUGUCCUACGACACCGGAGAUAAGGCCUUACAGUGCGGACGUCACGUUGAUGUUUUUAAGCUCUGGCUAAUGUGGAGAGCAAAGGGGACCACCGGGUUUGAAGCACAUAUUGAUAAGUGUUUGGAGCUGGCGGAGUAUUUAUACAAUAUCAUCAAAAACCGAGCAGGUUAUGAAAUGGUGUUUGAUGGAAAGCCUCAGCACACAAAUGUCUGCUUCUGGUAUGUACCUCCGAGUUUGCGUGUUCUAGACAACAAUGAAGAGAAAAUGAGCCGCCUCUCUAAGGUGGCUCCAGUGAUUAAAGCCAGAAUGAUGGAGUAUGGGACCACAAUGGUGAGCUACCAGCCCUUGGGAGACAAGGUCAAUUUCUUCCGCAUGGUAAUCUCAAACCCUGCAGCAACUCACCAAGACAUUGACUUCCUGAUUGAAGAAAUAGAACGCCUUGGACAAGAUUUAUAA